GUUUUGUUUUGACAGUUUUCAAUCUCUCUUUGGAGAUCGUUGAAGUUAAUUGAAAAUUAAAACUUAAGUAAUUUUAGUCAUGUCUGGUGAAGGUCUUCGGGAAAGAAUAAGAAAGGUUCCUGAAGAAAAUACACCUCGUGAAACUGAAGAUGAGAAUGAUGCAGACAUCAGAGAACCAAUAUUUGGACCAAUGCCAACAUUUCCCUACCAAAGAUUUUGGACUAGAAUGAUGUUGAUUUUUGGAACUCUGUUAGUUGUGUAUUUUACCUCUAACAAUGAAAAAGUUGUGAUUUUUGCAAAACAGAAUGAAAAGUUGAACCACCGAAGACAGGAAAUACCAUGUAACAAAUCAUAUUUAUAUGAACUGACUAAUUUACUAGGAGAAAAUGAAAAAGUUCGAUGUGGUCGCAUUGUGAUGGAUUCGAUUGUAAAUGUCCAAGAAGCCAAGAAACUUGCUGAAAUUGCAAGAAAAGGAUUAAGUCUUACUGGUGAACCGGCUGGUGGUGCAUCAAUUCUUGACUUACAUUCUGGAGCCCUAUCUGCUGGAAAGAACUUUGUAAAUUUAUACGCUCUCAAUGUUUCUGGACUUUACAGCAAUGAAGAUUUUGAUCUUUAUAAAACCGUGAGAAGGAAAGUUCAUGAGGCAUUGGCUUUUAGCUUUGAUUUACCAAGUGAAAAACUCUUUCUGACAAAGCCUACAUUUUUCUCUCGGCUAACAGCAAAACCUCCAGCAACUGUUCAUGAUGAAUAUUGGCAUUCACAUGUUGAUAAAGAAACAUAUGAAUCUUUUCAUUAUACUUCUCUGAUUUACUUAAACGAUUUUGGAAUCGAUUUUGAAGGAGGAAGGUUUGUUUUUGAUGAUCCUGAUAAUCACACUUCUAUUAUUGAACCAAAAACAGCUCGAGUAUUAAUGUUCAGUUCUGGGGGUGAAAAUAUUCAUCGUGUUGAAAAAGUGCUAUCUGGUCAGAGAUUCGCAAUUACCAUUUCCUUCACUUGUGACAAACGAAAGGCUAUCUCCGAUCCUUCAAUUACUAGAUUCGGGUCUUCUAAAUCAUUUUGAAAUUGUUGAACUUCAGUUUCAAUUUGAUUUUUAUUAGUAUCCAUUCUUCUUUCCAUGUUUUGUUUUGCCUAUUAUUAAACUGUCUUAUUACUACACUGCUUGAAGUUCAUAAGACACAUGCCAAUAUGGUUGAAUAAAAUCCAUAUUAAAAAUGAUACUUCAUUAAAGGAUGGAAAAAGUAUUUAUAGAUAAAAAUUUGAUUUAGUUGAAUAAAUGUAUUUAGCUAGUGAUUAGA